AUGGCUUCUGAGUCGGCAGCUCAGCUGUUUGCGCGGUUGGGUGGAAAACAGGCUCUGGAUGGACUGGAUUUGGAUCUCUUUUCAGAUAUUCCUGACGGUAUUCAACCAGGAAACGUUGUUGAAUUUUGUGGCAUGGAAGGAAGUGGCAAAACAGAGAUGCUUCUUCAUUUAAUUGCAAACUGUAUUCUCCCAAAGUCAUGGAAGGAUCUCAAACUGAACGGAAGAUCCGUUGGAGUAGUGUUUGUAGACACUGAUUUCCAUUUCCAGUUGUUACGACUGGUAACAAUACUGGAACACAGGAUUUUAAAAGCGAUCAGAGAGGCUGAUAAAUCUGAGACGUCAUUACGAAACGAUAAAACGAAUCACCACAAAGAAACUACGGAAGGCAGUCCUCUUGUUUAUCCAGAGAAAUACAGUGAUUAUGAAGUUUUUAUCAAGUCUUGUCUUAGUCUAUUGUUUAUUGUUCGUUGCAACAGUAGCAUAGAAUUACUGGCGACUGUUUUAUCACAUGAAAAUCUAUUAGCUGCCAAACCUGAAGUGGGUGUCUUUAUGAUUGACAGUUUGAGUGCAUUUUACUGGCUUGACAGAAGUGCUGGUGGAGAGAGCCUGGGUCAUCAAGAAUCAAACCAGCGAAAACUUGUUAACAUUUUACAAAAGUAUGUGCAGCAGUAUCAUGUGGUUCUGAUCGCCACUAAGCAAUCAAUCUUUGUGAACACAGAAAAAUCAACAAAUCGUGAAUAUUUGUGCCAGGCUUGGCAAAGAUUGGUAAAUUACCGUUAUGAAUUUGACAGAAAUAGUGUUCAAAAUGGAGGUGACAUAUCUUAUUCAGUUCACAGGACUUUUCCUUUGAGCAGAAGACACCAAAGAUUUUUCAUUAAAGAAAGUGGCAUUGAAUUUAAACUUUAG